GUGAGCGUGCGAGCGCGGAGUCCCUGGGUACCAUCUGCUCGGUGCGGGGCUGCGGGGAAGGGAGCCCGGCGGGCUGGCGCUCCCCGUGCGCCCCCGCUCUUCAUGGCCCGGCUCCGUGCGGGGCCGGGGAGGCGCUGCCCCCGCGGGGCCCCGCUGCUGCCUGGAGCUCCACCGGCUGUGGCCUGUCGCCGAGGGCACCCGGGCCGAUGGCGGCACCAUCUCUGCCCGUCCCGGGGCGGGGGGGCGGCCGGUACCGGCCGUCCUUCUGGCAGCCCUUCUGCCUCCGCGCUGCUGCUCGCAGCCGCCCCAUCGCUCACCGGGGGCGGGGCAAAGAGACAAAAACCCCGCGGUUUCCUUCAGAAACGAGUGCCAUGGGAAAAGGGAACAGAUCCUGCUCCAGCGAGGGGAAUGUGGAGGAGCCCCUGAGUCCCCAGGACAGAGGGAAAUCCCCACACGCAGAGAUGCCUCGGGGCACAGAUGAAAGGCGACAGAGAAGACUUGUGGGCAGGUGCCCCACGCUCCAUCCAGUGUGGGUCGUGGUGCUGGCUGUGCUGGUGGUUCUGGUGCUGGCUCUGGCUGUGGCUGUUGCUGUACGCUCAGCAGGAAGAUGUGGAGGGGAUCCAGCUGUGCCUGCGGCUCUGGUGCUGGCCUGUCCUGAGGACUGGGUCGGGUACCGCAAUGUCUGCUACUACCUGUCGAGGGCUGAGGGGAGCUGGGAGUGGAGCCAGGAGCAGUGCUCCUCGCAUGGGGCCUCGCUGGCCAUGCCCCGGAGGCAGUGGGAGAUGGAGUUCCUCUGGAGUCAGAAGGCCCAUGUUGAUUGCUGGCUUGGGCUGCGGAGACGGGGCGAGCGCCUGCAGUGGGUGGAUGGCAGCAGCUUCAACCAGACGUUUGAGGUGCAGGGCCAAGGAGAGUGUGCGUAUUUGUACGACGGGGUUGUCGCGAGUGCAGGCUGCUCCCAGUCACGGCCGUACAUCUGCAGCAAGCCCCAAGCGCCCGGGUGACAGAGGCGCUGGAGAAAGGACCUUUGCGUGGUGGGGCCUCACAGCUUGAGCCCUUCCAGCAGCGCAGGGGAGCGUGGGGGUGUCCUUCCCUCAGCUGCUGCUCCGGGUUGGUCCUGCAGGUGGGGAGAGGUGCUGGGAGCUGCUGUGUGCUGCCUGCACUGGGACCUCAAGCCUGGGACUGGUUCCUUCAUCCUCCUGGGCCCACCCCAGAACCCAUCUUGCUCCUCUCACACCUCACAGGUGAUGCUGAGCUGUGGUGAUGGAGCUGGAGCAGCUGCUGCCAGAUGAGCUGGGUGCAGCAAUGUCAGUGCAGGUCCCUGGCCCUGUGCAGGGUGGAGGGGACACAGAGCCAGGGGGUGAAGUGGCCCCUGUGGGGCUCCCUUGAAAGUUAGACUCUCAUUCAUACGGAAGCUUUUUUUUU